AUGUCAACCCUCAGCCAAGACCAGAUAAAAGUCCUCGAGCAAUCCCGCCAACGGCUCGUUCAACUAACCCGCUCCCUGGGCUCCCUAAUCGCAAGCCUCAACCAAAGCGACCCUCUCCCGCAAUGGUCCUCCCUCCAAUCCCAAGCAAGCAUCAUCUCCAAUAACCUCAUCAGCGUCUCCAAACACCUCUCCGAACACAGCGACCUCCUCUCAACGCUAGUCGCCUAUCCAGGCCCCGAAUACCCCGGCCGCACGCAAGCAAAUACCCUGGAGCAACUCCUCCGCACGAAACUCGAUCCUCGCGUCGAAGACUGGGUCGCGCGCGGUCGUGUCGCUGGUACAGAUCCCACGCAAGCACCGGUAUUCAACAUGACCGCGGAGAACAAGCCGCUUAGCGAGGCGGAACUCAGUGAGCUGUGGGAAUGGGCGCCGUUUGAAGCGAACCAGGAGGCAAGGAGACGGAACUGGGGAGGCAACUUCACGCUUGAGGAGCGGGAGGGGCCGGGGGGUAUCCAGGGUGUUGUUACGGGGUUAAAGAGGCAGUUGGAGGAUGAUGAGGGGGACUCCGAUGAAGAAGAGGACGAUGAUGAGGAGGGUGAGGAUGAGAUGGAGGUUAUCGGGGUUCAUCGGAAGUCUGGGGGUGGAUCUGGGUUGGAGUAUGACAUUGCGGUUCAUCAUGCGCAUGCUGUUGAGCCAGUUGUGCCUCUUGGGGAGAUCUUGAGGUACAUGACUACUGGGCGGAUGCCGUAG